UUUUAGAAGGGCUGCAGAGGUGAUCCAUGGCAAUGAUGAAAGGGUGGGAGAAAGAAUCUUUGUAGAAAGGUUAAAGGAAUGGAAACUACUUAACAUACAGAGGAGAAGCCUGGUUGAGGAGUGGGUGGGAGUUUCAAUGUCUUUAUACAUAGCAGAAGGAAUUGUAAGCAGGGGGCUGUUCACCCUGCUGUUUUCCAGAGACCUAACAUUAGAAAGGUAUCAAGAGCAGGUGAGAUCCCUGUGUGAUGUGAGGACAUACAAAGAGUCUUAUAAGGACGCUCAACUCUGGAACAGGACAGUCACACCAAGGAGAAAUGUUGAGGCCCCUCACCUCAUGUCAAUCAGGCAUACUUAUUGACAUUUGGUGGCUGGGUUGCAAAUCCUGUUGGAAGCCAAGCAAUGACUUUAGAUGACCCUUUUGGAAUUUCUUACAGACUCCCAAGUUCAAUUUAUGUCAUCAUAUUGUGACUGAAUUUUUGAAAUUUAUUUUUAAAUGUUUGGAUAUAUUUUUAACUCUCCAAAAAUGAAUAUAGGAAUGUUAAAAAAAAAACCCAAAAAACAAAAAUAUUACUUCUCCAAGGAUUAAAAAAUCCCACCUAAUGAGGACUGUUGGAAUGGUCAGGUAUCUUGAUCUUAAAUUUAACAAUACUGUGACCCUUUAUGGCACCUUAGAUAAGGUUGGAUCCACUUUCCCAAGUUGAUUCAGCUAAGAAGUGUUUUGGUAGAUCACUAAUAGACUUGUAACCUACUGGAAUCCAUGGAAUCUUGGAAAUUGUCAAGAGUGGUGGUUCACAAGGCAUGGUCCCAGUGCUGCAGCAUCACCAUCAUCUGGAAAUUUGGUAAAAGUGUGUUCUUGGGUCCUGUUCCAGACCUACUGAAUUAGAAACUCUGAAGGAGAGAUCCAGCAAUCUUUGUUUUAACAAGUCUUUCAGUGUGAAAAUUACUGGGCUCCACCAUCUCUCAUUUACUUAGAACAUUAGCAUGGUAAUAUAAAGUUUUGGGCUAAUUGGCAGUCUUUGUCAUUGUUGCCAUGGUGACCAAUUAACCUGGCUCAGGAAAAGGAAAGUUUUUUAGCCACAGGCCACUCCCAGCUAUCUUAUAAAGAUGUUUUCUUCCUUUAAUAGAAGCUCUGUCUGGCAUGGCCGAGGCCACACCUUGAGCAAGAGUAAGGAGGAAUUCCCUGGAUAAAGGGCCGUUACGUCUUAGAAUCGCCUAUUAAAAUAAUUUUCAUCAGUCAUUUUUUUGGGGGGAGAUUCCAUUUGUCCACCACCCACCCACCUGCCCAUGUAUCCUGUUAACUUGUCUGUUCAUCCAUCUACCCAUCCAAUCACGUGACAAUUCUUUGUUGAAAUCCUACUUUGUUCCAGGUACUGUGUGGUGAAUGAAGUAAAAGUAGGAAAUUUAUCAUCCUCUAAACAUUACUGGUAUAUAGAUAUGUGUGUGUGUAUUAUAUAUGUGUGUGUAUACGGAUAUGUGUGCAUAUGUGUGUAUUAUAUAUGUGUGUGUAUACGGAUAUGUGUGCAUAUGUGUGUAUUAUAUAUGUGUGUGUAUACGGAUAUGUGUGCAUAUGUGUGUAUUAUAUGUGUGUGUGUAUACGGAUAUGUGUGCAUAUGUGUGUAUUAUAUGUGUGUAUACGGAUAUGUGUGCAUAUGUGUGUAUUAUAUAUGUGUGUGUAUACGGAUAUGUGUGCAUAUGUGUGUAUUAUAUAUGUGUGUGUAUACGGAUAUGUGUGCAUAUGUGUGUAUUAUAUAUGUGUGUGUAUACGGAUAUGUGUGCAUAUGUGUGUAUUAUAUAUGUGUGUAUACGGAUAUGUGUGCAUAUGUGUGUAUUAUAUAUGUGUGUGUAUACGGAUAUGUGUGCAUAUGUGUGUAUUAUAUAUGUGUGUGUAUAUGGAUAUGUGUGCAUAUGUGUGUAUUAUAUGUGUGUGUAUACGGAUAUGUGUGCAUAUGUGUGUAUUAUAUAUGUGUGUGUAUACGUAUAUGUGUGCAUAUGUGUGUGUAUACGGAUAUGUGUGCAUAUGUGUGUAUUAUAUAUGUGUGUAUAUGUAUAUGUGUGCAUAUGCAUAUGUGUGUAUGCAUGUACAUGUAUGUAUAUGUGUUCAUUAUACACAUAGACACAUACACACAUACAUAAUAUAUAUUUCCUUUUUCUCAAAUUUAUAUCAUCUGUGGUAUCCAAAGCCCAAAUACCCAAACACCUCCUUCAGCAUUUUUUCCUUUCGUUUUUCUGGCCUUGGGCUAGCUCUCCAACUCCCUAAAUUCUCCUGCAGUAACGUGGGUUUUCUCAUUGAAGCUAAGUGUUCAUUAAAUUGUGAAGACAAACAAAAUGUAUCCAAGGAUAAGAAUCACUUGAGGAACACAGACGUCAUCAUUCCUGCUGUGUGUCUGUGUUUAGAGCUUGUACCUGUGUCUCUCAUGUAGAACUAGACGGUAAGGAGAGAGAAGAUGCAGCCGCCUGCCCUAGGCAGUGCCCUUUGUGACCUUCUGGACGGUCGGAUGUGUCUUUCUACUUUCUCCCUGUAGACUCCAGUGGGUCCCCACACUCGCCGCUGACUCAGCAUCAGACUCCGCCUCCAUUGUCCAGUGUUGUUUUCUGUACCCACCCCCUGAGUAUUUUCUCAAUGGAAGAGGAAGAAAAAAAAAUCCGCUGAAAACAAUCCAAUCCCGAUCAGAUUCGCACAGCAUAAUAAACGCUUGUUUGGACAUUGCUUGGACUGUCAUUUUAGCAAGAAUCUUCUGUUUGAUUAAAUAGCUUCUCUGUUAUGUAUUGAACAAAAUGAAAUGUAUGUCAUAACAGAUAUAACUAGAUGAUGACAACUUUCCUUGACUGUGAAUUUCAUUAAAGAUAUACAUUUGUGUUGUAUCCCUUUGAAUGACAGAAGUUGACAAAUAGCUGGGGAAAAAGUUGUUUUCUAGAGAAAAGUUAGCAGCUCGCCUGUUCAGAUUUUUCUCAGCCCCAAGACAAAAAUAAGGGCAGGCCAGGAAAGCAGGAGAGGUUGGGAGCCAUCGAGUAGCAGUUGGUGGUGGAGAGAAGGCAGAAGCAGCAUCCUUGGAAGGUCUAGGGUAGGCUUAGGAUGGGCUGGCAUCUGUUUCCACAGGGGCCUGUAUACUCUUGUGCCUGGUUGUCAGCUUUAUAAAUGUUUAGUUUUAUCUGUCCAGCAUGUUGCUUAGAUCAGUGGUCCACCACCUUUUUGGCACUGGGGACUGGUUUCAUGGAAGACGUUUUUCCACAGAUGUGAGGGGUUGGGGCAGUGGUUUCCAGAUGAAGUUGUUGCACCUCGGAUCAUCAGGCAUUAGUUAGCUUCUCAUAAGGAGUGCACAAGCUUGCUCCCUCACAUGAGCAGUUCGCAAUAGGGUUCGCCCUCCUCUGAGAAUCCAGUGCCACUGCGGAUCUGACAGGAGGUGGAGCUUAGGCAGUAUUGCUAGCUUGCCUGCUGCUCACCUCCUGCUGUGCAGCCCCGGUUUCCAGCAGGCCACUGGUGGUCUGGGGGUUAAGGACCCUGGCUUAGAUGAAUGGAAGGAUGGAUUUGCUCUUUUGUAAAACUAAUUGAGCACCUAUGCUGCGCUAAGACAAUAGUGAGUGAAACCAGGUGCAGCCCCUGCUCUUGUGGAGCAUUGCAUGAAUAAACGUAAGAUUCCAGUGCCAUUUUCAAUGACGUAAAACAGAGGCCGUGGGCCCUGCACGAGGGCCUGUAGCUUGGAUUUCACAGAGCAGACUCUGGAGUUGGACGGCUUAGGUUAGACCACUUCCUGAUCGUUCCAUUAUAAGUAAAGUCUUUAAGCACCCAGUGCCUCAGUUUUCCCAUCUGCUGAGUGGAGAUCAUAUUAGUAUCCACUUUGUAGCAUUGUUAUGAGGAAGAAGAUGACAAUUCUAGGUUGGCCCUUUUCUAAGUGCUUAUAAUAGCUCACUGGAUCCACAGGGUAGAAAACCCUAUGAGGCAGGUGCUGCAAUCUCCAUUGUACAGAUGAUGAAACUAAGGGUUAGCUGUCAGGUAGGUCCUAUGACGUUAUGUAAGGGGAAGAGGGGCAGUUUGGAGACUGAACUUGGGGCAGUCGGGUUUCCCACAUCUGCUUACUCCCCCGCCUGGCAGAAAGUCAGUCCUGUGUGUGUGCUACCUUUGUGAUGCCUAGUCAAGGGGCCCGGCUUCCCAGUGGAAGUGACUGUUGAGCAGAGAUCAAAGAGGCCACUUGCCUUCGGUCAUCCCCCCACCUUGGGGAUGAAAAGAAAAGAGCAGAAAGCCAGUGUGCUUCCUGGCAGUGCCUAUGGAGAAAGGCCAUUUCGAAAGUGCCAUGUGGGGAGGGGAGGGCAUCGUGCUGUUUGGCUUCUUGACUUCCCAGAUCCCAGGAGCCAGAGGUAUACUGGCUCCAGUCAACUCCCCAAAGAGGCCAAGUAUGGAACAGUAGUAACUUGGCCUCUGAUUCACCUUCCCCUCCCAGGGGAGCGCUCCAAGUUGUGUGGGGCCUUUCCGGAGACAUCUCCGGGCCCUCUUAGGAGGUUGCCAGCUUUGGCAGUCAGCGAGAGCCCCGCCCUGGGGGUAGCCAGGCAUUCUCUGGGGACGCUUGUCAACUGCUCCCGGCUUGUAGACCUGUAGGCAGUUACUUUGUUUUCCUUCUUUUUGUUUUUUUGAGACAGGGUCUCAUUCUGUUGCCCAGGCUGGAGUGCAGUGAUAGGAUCAUGGCUCACUGCAGCCUCUGCUCAGCUGUUCCUCCCACUUCAACCUCCCAAGUAGCUGGGACCGCAGCAUGUGCCACCGUGCCCAGCUAAUUUUUAAAUUUCUUGUACAGAUGGGGGUCUCCCUAAGUUGCCCAGGUUGGUCUUGAACUCUUGAGCUUAAGCAGUCCUCCUGCCUUGACCUCACAAAGUGCUAGGAUAGAGGUGGAAGCCACCAUGGAUAGCCUGUUUUCUUCAUUAGUGUACCUCAUUUACAGAUUGGUAAACUGGACACCCAACCUUUGCAGAAAUGUAUGUUUGAUGCCCCCUCUCCAUCCUGCUCAGGCUGGAUUUCCUCUUGCCAGUGCCUUCUUCCUGGCCAGCAUCUGUACUUCCAUUAUUACAAAAUACAUGCCUCUGCAGGAGCCGUUCCUGGUUCUGGACUUUGCUUGUGCAUAUCAAGCAUAGCCAGACAAAACCUCCAGGAGAUGAGUGAUUGAAUUGUGCUGUGUUUGGGGUCAAGACGCAAUCAUGGUAGCUACGCUGUGGCUGCUUUCUUGCUUUCAUUAAACAGUACCUUUAAUUCAGGGACCACAGCAUGGUACAGGCAUUAAUUAAAAGUUCAACAUCCCUGUAAAGUAGAAGUUGUUUUCGAUAUCCUUAUAUCUCGUGGGGAGAGACCCCGGCCUAGAGAAUCUGUGUCACAGUUCAUGUCAGGCAAUUGGGAGAGCCAGUAAUGUGCAGCUCCUGAGUUCAGGGUCCUGAAUGUUCCUGAAUCUGUAGCCGUGUGGCAGGUGUGAGCUGUUUUCCAAAGGCGAACUGUUGUGGGUAUUUUCCCUCUUGGUAAGGUUUUGAGACAGAGUCUCACUGUAUCACCUGGGCAGGAGUUCAGUUGGUUUGAUCUCGGCUCACUGCAACCUCUGCCUCCUAGGUUCAAGGAAUUCUCAUGCUCAGCCUCCUGAGUAGCUGGGAUUACAGGCACAUGCUACCAUGCCUGGCUAAUUUUUUUGUAUUUUUAGUAGGGCUGGGAUUUCACGAUCUUGCCCAGGCUGGUCUUGAGCUCCUGACCUUAAGCAGUCUACUUGCCUUGGCCUCCCAAGUGCUGGAAUUACGGGUGUGAGCCACCACACUCGGACUUCUUGAUGAGUUCUGAGGUCUGAGAGUGACAAUCACAGAGAGAGGAGAGGCUUUCCCACCAAGGGGCACAGAAGCCAGGAGAGGAAGCUCAGGGUUAAGUCAGGUGCUGGCCUUGCAGGCCGGCACCUUCCAUGUGAAAAUGCACACUUGGUCCAUUGAUGGGGAAUAGGAGGUGGUUUUAUUCAUGGUGCUGGCUUUGGCAUAGCAUUGGCGGUCGAGAGAAGACCUGGGGUGACCAGCCUGCUAGGGCAGGUUCAGCAGUAAACUCAAGUCAGCAGUAUGUGGCAGUCCUUAAUCUGGACCAAAGGAAGCUAUAUCACACAGAAAUAAAAAACACAUAGGUGGUAGCUGGUUUGGAUUUUUCUUCAUUGGAUGAUUAGAAUACAAUGGAGUUAGAUGGAAUUUCUUCUGAGUCAAGUCCAGAUUUUUAACACAUAGGUGCAAUGAUUUCCCUCUCAGAUUUAACUGAUUUUUAAAUCCUAUGGAGGAUUUGGCUGAAGACACCAGUGAAAUUUCAACUUUAAUGCGAAUGGGUUCUCACUUAUUUUAUUCUGUUUUAGAAAGUUGAAUGGUGACUGGAGCUUACCAAGAAAGAUAACUUUAUCUGUGUCGUUGACCCAUCAUGGAUACGUGAUUCUGUGAGGCUGAGUGAACCUCCGAAAAGCCUAGUGCACUCCAGAAGGCAGGUGAAAGGUGUUGUUUGAAGUGAACCGUAUUUUAUUUUUCUCGAGAAAUUCUUGAGCUGAUUCUGUGACAUGAACAUCUAAACAGAGUAACCAGAUUCCAACUGCAUGACUGGAAUGGGUUUACACAUUCUUCUUCUGUCCCCCCUUUCAAACAAAAUGGUAAAUCACUUCAUUUCCAGGCCAAUUCAGCAUUCCCAUUUUUUACCCUGAUGAGUCUCAUUUUAAUGAGCAAUUUGCUUUAUGCAGUCGUGCAUUAGCGAAGUGUUUCCUGAUUUUAUGCAGCAAGUGUUUAUGUGCAAUCCUGUGAGGCCUUCAUCUUGUGACUUCCUUUCUCUACUAGUGAACUAUUUAAGGCAGACAAUGUCAACACCAGGUAGAGAUAGUGCCAGUUUUAUGGGACAUUCUUGUUAGCAUUCAGAUGGCCUUGAUUCUCCCCUCUGGCUAAAGGGAGGGCCAGUGAUUCUGGGGAGGGUCAGGUUCUCUCAGUGUUAAUCACUCUUCCUUAGAAUGCCAAGCCCUGCCAAUCUUCUCUUGAUGGGAUAGCUUUACAUUGUGAUGCCAGAGUCCUGUGGCCUCAGUAGGCAGUGACCCUGUUUUUCUCCUUUUAUUUUUUUUGAGACAGUGUCUCGUUCUGUCACCCAGGCUGGAGCACAGUGAUACGAUCAUGGCUUAUUUGAAACUGAUGUAUUGACCCUGCAGAAUCUACUAUGCUCUUACUAUGUUGCAUGAGGUCUCCUCAAGCACUUGUUUCUGGGUAAUUCGUCGACCUAUGUUUUUAGACAUGAUGUUAGUUUGACUUUUUACACGGAAUGAGAAUAAGAUCAUCAACCCACUUUAUUCUAAUAUGAAACAAAAGCCAUUGUGACUGAAAUAGAGAGUUCUGUGUGACUCACACCGCCAUAAAAUAUGCUUUGUACACAGAGUUCCAAAGAGAUUUAUAACUUUUAGGCACCAUUUUAUUAUAGCUUGUACUGAUUAAACUCAAGAAUGGACAAAGUCUUUUUCUAACUUCCGCAAGAUAAAACUAAUACCUCCCUCUGCACCCAAACAAACAAAAACUUCCAGGCAUUUAGGUUUAAAUCACAAAUUCCUAGAUGAUACUGCCCAUCUCUUUAUUGUAAUUGUACCAGUUGUUUUUGCCCUUCAGCUUGUCAGAGCUAUUCCCAACAGUCAAAGGCACCACCAUCAGAUAAUUGUAAGAAGUGAAUUUGGCUUAAUUCUACACAUUAUUCUUUCAACUAGAGAUGGUAUAAAAUCAAAUUUUGCUGAGCUUAUAUGGCUGCCAACUACCAGUGUAUAAUAUAAGACUCUUAUUUUCCCUUUCUCUAUUUUAUGUUAAACUUGUCUAUCUGAAUGACUAUACUGUUGACAAUAUACAUUUCAGACAGGUAGCAUUGCCCUGUGCUCUGAUGGAAACUUCCAAAAAUGAGAUUUACUUCAAUAUUAAAAUACUAUUUGUGUCCUUAAAACCCUCACUCUGUAUAAAAAAUAUACAAACUCUAUUUGUACUCUGUUACAAAAAAAUAUACAAACUUUAUUUGUACUCUGUUACAUAAAAAAAAACAACCCUCAUUCUGGCUAGGCACAGUGGCUCACACCUGUAAUCCCAGCACUGUGGGAGGCCGAGGCAAGUGGAUCACAAGGUCAGGAGUUCAAGACCAGCCUGGCCAACAUGGGGAAAACCCAUCUCUAAUAAAAAUACAAAAAUUAGAUGGGCUUGGUGGCAGAUACCUGUAAUCCCAGCUAUUCGGGAGGCUGAGACAGGAGAAUCGCUUGAACCCAGGUGGCAGAGAUUGUAGUGAGCCAGGAUCGCACCACUGCACUCCAGCCUGGGUGAUAGACUGAGACUCUGUCUCAAAAAAACAAAAAACAAAAAAACCCUCACUCCUCUCUAGACCAGCUAAAUGGGUUGCUAAUAUCAAGAAGAUGGGGCCUGAUACAUUAUUUUCGGAUCCAAUAACACAUAAUCUUGCUUCUUAAGUUCUAAUGGCUGAAAAAAAUAAGCAAAUCAGCUUUCAUUUCCUAUGAAAAUUGAAAGCAGCUUAACACCCUGAUUAAUUAUCUCAUUCCUCUGAAAUAAUCAUAUAUAGUCUUUUUCGAGCUUGCCUUUCUUAAAAACAUUAGGAAGCAAAUGUUUCAUUUUAGCUGUACUUGAAUUUGGAGGUGAAAAUACUUUCAUUUUGAAUGGAAUAUUUAUUUGUGAUGAAGGGAUUUUUUUAAAAAAAAAAAAACCACCACCCUGUAUCUCUUACAAUGAGGGACACAAGACGAAGAAGGAGAUUGCCUUUUGGCGUUCUGUUUGUGACAAUUUCACAAAUCUUUAUUAACUGGGAAUAAAAAAAAAAAAAGCUGCCUUAGGAAGAAAACUAAAGAGACUCCAUCAUCUGUUCCCCUGUAGGUAAUUUUUACACCUUUUUCAGUAUUUAAAUACUUCUUCACUGCUAGAUGUCCAUCUGUAUCCCCUUCGUGGGUCUCAGAACUAGUGUAUGAAGCAUGACCUUGUAACUUGCUUUGUUUAUACAUCUGUCAGGACAAUAUGUUAUCUCUCCUUAAAAAUGCAAAUGUGCUGCUUGCAAUCCAGAGCUCUUCAGUCAAUAAAUAAAUUGAGGUAAAGACUGUACCUAAUACCCAUUUAAUUUAAAUUCAUUUUAUAAACAUAAAGACGCCUUUUAAGAGAAGCUUUAAUUCCUACUAGCACCUUGAUUUGUGGUUACCAUGGAGAAUCAAAUCUGUCAUUUGACAAGAAAAGUCACCCAUUUAUGACAGCACUUUAUCUUGUCUCUCCAGGGGAAGAAAAUGUCAAAAGUGAGAGCAGAAAAAAAAUAAAGCCUUGAAACACCAGAAUUUCUUGAUUUCAUUUUUAUUAUUCAGCUAUCAUAUCCUUUCUGAUAAUAGCAACUUGGUGAAAAUAAAUAAUGUUCCUACAUUAAAAUCAAAUAUUUCCUAUUGGAAUGGACAAGGUUCUUUGUGACUGUCAGUGCUGUGAAGUCUGGCAAGAAAUAGUGUUAUUAGAUAAACCUACAGUGCCCAAAUCCCAUUUUCUUUUCAUUAUAGUGUCAAAAUAAUUAUACCUGUGUAAUUUGGGUAAGAAAUUGCAGAAUAAGUAAAAUGGUCCAUUGCAAGAGAUUGCUUUAAGCUUGUGUUCCUUACAGGGUGGGGCUUCUACCAGCUAAAGAAAUAAAUGCUAGGGGAAAGUAUUUUCAUUUGAAUAAAGAUGUAGAGUAGGUCUUCCAUAUUAUUUGCUAAAUGGAUAGGUAAAUGCUAUAUUCUUUUAUUUUCCUCACCUACCUAUUUUGCAAAUCAGAGUAAAAAGGCAGAAUAUUUUACCUUGUCGAGCACAGGGAUAUUACACUUUCCCAAAAUUUAAAAAAAAUAUUUCAUUUGAUCUGAUGCUGGUUUGAGGCUUUUGAAAAGGGGGUUGCCCCUUGAGAAAUUGACAGUAUGUAAAGUUCUUAUCCAGGAUGAUUUCAUUAUAGCUUGACAUGUGUCUAUGUAAUAUGUGUAUGUGGACAUGUACACAUUGGAAGGAUUUUUGCCUGCAUGCUGCCUUCCUGGUUAAACUCUUUUUUGAGAUUUGCAUUGUAUUAAACAAAAAUGUUGGCAUUCUGCUCACAUAAGCACAUGAAAAUCAUCUGGGCUGCAUCUUUCUUGAGGGGCAAUGUUUUUGAUUGUUGGAGUAUUAUAUAGCUUGAUGUGGUUCAGAAGUGAAGUAAUCUUGUAUCAAUGAGACAGCAUUGUAAUAGCAAGCCCUUUAGUAAAGGUUUAGUGUAAAUAUCUGACUGGUAGGGGAGCUGGUUUCUGGAACAGUUGUGCCUCUGUGAGAUUACGAAAAUGGAGAGAAAAGAAAGGGCUGAACUCUAAUUUUCCUGAAAUUGGUGCAUGGUGCUGGAGUUGUAGCCAAUACUGGUUGAGAUGUGCUGCAAGGAAGCAUGGAGCAGAGUAGUCCCUGUCCUUUGCACUCAUGUGGGACACUGGGAAGCAGAGUGUGUUUUGAUAAAAAGAAGAGAGAGUAAGGAGAAGGAAUGGCUGAGACUUGUAGCAAAAAACCUACCCAUAAAUAUCAAUAAACUCUUAUUUCCCAGGCAUAUCUUUCGAGUGCUUUGAUUGUGCAUGUCAGACCAACUGCAAAUUUUGACCCAGUGGUUGAGCCAUUUCCCCUAGCAUUUUUGUGUACAGGAGUUCUCAAUUGCUGUGGUGUGAGACAUAGUAAACUAAAAUGUGCUUUAGAGGGAAGUGCGCUGUGAAUCUGCAAAAGCACUGUAAUUCAGAAUUAAUGCGCUCUUGUUUCACACUCCGGAGUCCUUUUGGUCUUCUUCUUUGAUAAAGUUCUUGCUUUAAUUUCAUGGGGGUAGAGAUGGAGAGGUGGCUCAACCCCCCAAGGACUUGGAUCUCUUUUGUGAUGACUGAGGAUAUUUUAGGCAUGUACCUGGCAGAAAGAGAGGAUUUGUUUGAUUUUUGGUGAAAAAUGGUCCAUGCUAAUUGAUAGUAAAAUUGCAACGUAGCACAGUCAUUGUAAUUUACCUAGGUGUUUAGGAUCGUGUAGGUACAGCACUACUGAAUAUUUUCUAGAAUCCAGUGUGUAUAAAUUUAUUAGGUUCACUUUUUUGACUUCAGUUUUAUUGGAUUGCUAAUUUUGAAAAUGGUAUUGAUGCACAAGUAUAUGAUGAUACAAAUAUGUUAUUAAUAUCCCCUUAACCAUGAUUUCUGUGGAUUUUUAGAUGCUUUUCUUUUUUUUUAUUAUUUUUUUUAAGUUUCAUAGGAUUAGCAAAGACAUUUAAGAACAUAGCAAAGAUGUGUGAAUGAGUAAACUGUGUCUUCAGUAGCCCAGCAUUCUGUCAGCACUCUCCAAAUACCCAUCUUUAUAUCCUAGCAUGAGAACCCACGUUUGUGUAUACUCCUGUCUUUAAGGCUAAUUGACACAUCUCUCAGAUAAGUUACCAGGGCAAUCUUUUUCAUAUGGGGCAUUUUCUAUAGCAAUAACUUGCUAACACUCCUUCUUUAAAAAUAAAGCCACUGAUAUGAAUUGACAUAGAUAUAUCGCAGAAAAAAAAAACAACCACCAACAACCGAGUUUCUGAUAUCCCAUGGGUUGCUUUUGAGAGUAGCAUUACCCCACUGUUAGUACAAAAAAAAAACCUAGCAUAUUUGGCACUAACUAGAUGUCAGUCAUUGUGUAAUUUGGGUAUCUCACGAUGUUUCUGUGGAGUAGGAACUGAUCUUGUCCUCCUCUUUCAGAAAAGAAAGUGAUGUCAGAGAAGACAAAUACAUUGUCCUGAGUCCCAAGGCUAGUGCAGAGAGGAGUUGGGAACAGGCUUUUCCCACAAUCUCCAGGAGAGAAAAGAAAAGGCUGAGCGUCAAGGGGAACAUUUAAAAUAAAAAUUGGUUCUGAUUCUCAUGUUAAGAAUUUGUAUGUGAAAUAUCAGCUCCGUACAUUGUGAACUGGGUCCCAUGUGCUGAAAAAUUUGAGAUGUAUAAAAAAACCUGGCCCUUUCCAUCUAGUGGAGCUUCUUUGCUUUUGCAAUAUUGAAAGUAACAGAAAACCUUAUUUACAUUUCAGAAAUAGUUUCCUCAAAUUUCCUGUUUUGCCCGACGUUUGUGUGUGUGUCCCCUCUCUUUCUCUUUCUCUGUUGUGCCUGCUGCCCUGUGCUUUGCAAUAAAACAAGGGCAACUUGUUUGUUGAUUUCGUAAAGUAUGUCCCAUAUAUCUUUGCUAGGGAAGGACUGUUGCUACCUCCCCCAAAUACUUUAAUCAUCUGAGCAAGGGCAACUGUUGUUCUUUCCACAGACUUUACCUCCUUUCCCUCAGUUUGGCAUGACUUUUCGGCUGUGUUUUUGGAAAUCCUUUGUCCAUGUUACUUUACCUGAAGACUUGCUUCAUUGUGUUAUUAAUAUAGUCAAAUCAUAGUCAUGUUUUAAUAGCUUAAUUGCACAAAAAAGAACACUUUAAACUGAAAAGUGAACUAUGGUGUGUUUAUUAAACCAUUCUUGCAUAUUCCUGCAGAUUCGUAAAGGCAGAUAAAGCAUCUCACCGAAUACCCAUCCAUAACUAUUACUAAUAACUAACUUACUUUCUCUCUCUCUCUCUCCUUCUCUCUCUCUCUCCUUCUCUUUUUCUUUCUUUCUUUCUUUCUUUCUUUCUUUCUUUCUUUCUUUCUUUCUUUCUUUCUUUCUUUCUUUCUUUUUUUCUCAUUGGAGAAAUUGCAACCAUUGGAAGUGUGAUCCUUUAAAAUAUUUUGACUCUUCAUAUUAACAAAAACAUUUGGGCUUCUACUCCCGAAUUGAAACUUGGGCCUUAUUUAAGAGUAUGAUGUGGAAGAGGUACCCAGAAGCAAAUGUAUCUUGUUUCUCUCUCAGGUUGCAAUUAGUUCAUUCUUUGAAAUGCCACUCCAUCCAACAUUUAAGAGUUUUCUUUAUUUGUUUUAUGCAGUUUGUAUCAAAAGCAGUCUUUUCUUAAACAUUUAAAUGUAGGACCCCUUUGAGAGCUAGUUUUCAAGUUUUCUUGAAUUAAAAGGGAUGGGUGUUUAAUGACUAAAAGCCAACAUAUAAUGGGUUAUUUAUUGAUGCUUGUUAAAUUAGUUGGAGUUGGUUUGGUCCUAGGCAAAGUGAAUGUUAGAUUUAAGGGGAGUGCUUUCGGUCUUUAGCUCGUCUGUUUUUGUUUGAAGUAGUCUAUACAUGGGGAUGUACUCUCAGAUGUAUGCCUCUGUAUUUCAGAAGUGGGGAGGAUGUGUGCUCGUGUGGAUAUCUCCACGUCCGCCUGUCAUUUUCUGUGAUGAGUUUAGCACUGAAAGCAUGUGUGAGUGCAUGUGUUACCGAGAAUGCACACAUUUCCUUUUUAAAAAACUGGCUAUUUGUAAAGAGAUGUGUAUCAUUCUUAAGAAUUCCAGAACCCUGCCCCAGCUCCAUUCACUUUAGGGCAUAUACAAAGCUAUGACAUGCUUUUUGAAGUUUUUUAAAUUAUUAGGUUACCGCAUGUUGAUCAGUUUAACAGUAUAUUGAAACCAGCCCGAGAAGCAGCACAGAGGAGAUGCACAUCUCAAAACUGAGGUUGCUCAGUGGUUUGCAGACUGGAGAGGACCUCAGGACUACCUGAGUGUCUGUGAUUCUAAUUCAGUGGGUCUGAGAGAGACGGGGCCCAGAAAUUUGUUUUUGUUUUCUUUUUUUUUUUUAAACAAGUUACUCUCAUGAUUCGAAUCCAGGUAUUCUGCAGACUUUCACAUAUGUCCUGGAAGUUAGGGAGCGUUCCUUACCAUCUCCCCAUCGAGAGCAGCUGCAUCGUAAUUCUUCUAGAGCAUGGUGCUCCUCAGACCUAGGGGUACAUGGAGGCCAAGCUGCGGAUCUUGUCAAAGUGCAGAUUCUUCUUCAGUAGGUCUAGGGUAGAGGCUGGGACCCUGUAUCUUCCAUGAUGUUCAUGCUGCUGGUCGAAGCCACACUUGGAACCUCAGGGUUCAGUCAUUUAUAUUGUGGAGUUUUUGAAAAUAAAAGAAAAAUUCUAAAGCAACUGUUUGGGUGCUUUUUGCCUCUGUGGUUUUCUGUCAGACACCUGUCUCUCUCUGUGCCUUAGCUCCUGCUUCAGUGGGUAACCACCUCUGCGCACACUAAGGAGCAUUUUCACAAAAGGUGAAAAUACAGAUGAUGUGCCUCAUGUAUACGAGGCACAGUGAUUCUAGAUCAGCACUAGCGACCCCAGAUCUGAUCACGCUGUAGGAGUGCAGAUCUCUCAGCUGGACGGGGGUACUUAGGAUUCUUUGGAGACACUUUCUCUUACCUCUUCUAUUGCUACUGUUAGGUAACACAAUAGAGCAAAUGUAGUUCAAAACUCCAGGGUCACUGGAGAGGGACAUCUUACAAAGGGGUGCAGAGGGUGGUAUGAGAAGUGACAGUCCAGCUCAGGAUUUUCCUGCUAAAGUAUAAAUAUUUGCUUUGUAAAGUACUGGAUAACAAAAGAGGUGAUUUAGUGGAAAAACUCAAAGUCCUGCCAGGCCUGUUUCGGAGUUAUAGCCCCUUAAAGCUUGAUCUGUUCAUUGUCUUAAGCACAUAUGUCUGGUUCAUAAUGAGUUUUUAGGAUAUUAUCUCUUUGCAUUAAAAGGGAUGAAAAGAGUCUUUCCGUAAAGACUUUAUAUUUUUAUCUCUAGAAGGCAGAAGCUAUUAGGAUGUGGGUAUCUGAGUUUAGUAUGUUUGGGAAUUCCCUUUACUCUUGGGCUCUUUGGAAGAGCAGUGUGAUCAGAAGCUUAACUGGAAAUGUCACCAGCAUUUUGGGGAUGGUAUUUAUUUCUUCAAUGAGAAUAGGAAUCCAGAUCCAAAAAAUGCUACUGAUAAUCUCAGUGAGUUUGGAUAGGUUGGGGAAAGAGUUUGGUUUUAUUUGUUAAGAAGCAGGAGUUAAACCUCAGUGAGUUUGAUGAGUCUGUCAGUACCAGACAUUGUUCGCGCCUGUGUUGAAAUCCCCUGCAGCCUAUCUUUUGAUGCAGCCAAAGGAUCACAUUGCAAAUCUGCUUUAGCUGUUAGGACAGCCAAGGUAACCAGGUCUCAAAAUAUUCAUGUGCUUAUAUCAUUCAGCUUGAAUAUUGCAUCUGAUAAUUGGACCAAGUAUUCCUUUGCCCAGUAGACAUUAUGAAAUGGGGUCGGUAGGAUAGAGUUUGGGGAAAGGACCUUGCUUUAUUCUUGGUGUCUGUUUAGUUGGCUGGUCUUGGCAUUUAUCAUGAAGCUAUGUAUAUCUGUAUUUCACUUUCUAAGGAAAUCAGAAACUAGGAAGUGUGGGGACAUUCCUUAGUACUGGCCCAAACAUCACCAAGUAUGAAUAGGAUUGUAGAAUUUCUACAAUCUAGUCCUAGAAGUAAUGAGAGGUCAGCUAUAUUACAGGGGGCUCAAACUCAAAUUGUUAUGCCAGCCACACAGGUAUUUUAAAAGAAUUGAGCAGAUUGGGUGAGAAGAGUAAAGAAUCAGGCAGCACAGUCUCUAUUUAAAGGGAGCUGUUGCUGCCCCACUCCAGCCAAUUGUUGUCAGGCCAUAUUGUUGGAUUUUCUGAUUUUUCCACAGAUGCCAGAAAGCUCUCUUGUAAGUAGUAAGAGUGGUCUUCAGAUUCCUUGGAGAUUUUUUCAUUUCAUCCAUUGGGACUCCAUUGAGUGAGAGGGGAAGGAAGGGAGGGAAGCCAGUUAUGUGGAAUUCAUUUCAUUUUCUGGGAACACCAGCUGAUUUUGUCAGCAGUUGAAAAGCUAUCAAACAAUAACAUUUCACUGCAGUUGACUUGGGAGGGAGUCAGGCACUCCUGCUCUGUGACCAUCAAAGGAUGACAGAUCUUGACCAAAGCAGCAUCCACGGUUAAAAAAAAAAAAUGUAUGCCUUGUCCCUCCAAGUUCAGCGCUCUCAAAUGUUAAAAUAUAGCAAGAGCCUCCUUUGGGGGGUCAGUAAGCCUGAAUGUCAUCAUUUGUCCCAGAGAAAAUAAAAUUAUAUCUAGAAACUCAUUCACUAUUUUGCCAGUUCCAAAUUGUCCGUAUCUUGCCUUGCUGGCUCUUCAAGUUGCCAUGCCAUUAGAAAAUAAGAUAUCAUUAUACGUGAAUCACCUGGUUUUCUAGGUUGUUACCUAUAAACAUAGCUGCAACAGAAUAAAUACCUUUCCAUUUCCCCCUCUUGGCAUGGGGGCUGCCUUAAUACUUAAACUCCUGAGCAUUUAGUCUUGAGACUAAUUUCUGUAGCCUGAAAGAGGUUUCUGUAUGUUAGAGCUUUUUAUCUUCCCGUUAGAGUUCCUUUUGAUGAUGAUGUUUCAAAAGAUGCAGAGUGGUAGGUAUUAGAAAUGGAUAUACAUUCACCUUUUGGGGGCUCCGAGAGUCAUUAAUUUUAGCGAUCUUGCCAGUAAAUACUUUGCAAUUGCAUGUAUGUCUUUAUCCUCCUGGCACUGACUUUUGUCACAGACAAGUGUGUGGCCGCCUGCACAGGAGAUGCAUGUCUUCAUAAAUGAGAGAGGCAUAUUUCUUUUUCCUGAAACACCGCACUCUAGGAAGUUAUUGUUUUACCUGUCGAAGUACUAGCCCAAAGGUAGCCUGGAGUUAGCACACACAUUUUUAUUUGAGGCUUUAAGAGUUCUUCUAGCAAGACAUUCUUUUUCCUAUUUAAUAACUAGGUACUUUAACACCCACACAAAUGAGACCCAGUGUGCCUUCCUUUUUAAUUCUAGUCGGUUCUACACAUUUUUUGUUUCUUUUAAAAGUAGGAUGUGGCCACUCAAUGUGUUUGUCCCAAUGUUGAAAAUAUGGUAUACCCUUAAAGCUAUUUGACUAUCGCUCUGCUUAUCCAAGCAUUUCUUAACUACCGGUAUUUUAAUUACUGUAUUAUUCAUCAGGUUAAAUUGUAUUUAAUUGGCUUUGUAUUUUGUCUUUUUGUUUCAAUGAAAGGAUUACUGGAGGUGUUUAAAAAAUCAUUUAAAUGAAGCUUCAUCCUCUAAAACACAUACGAAAAUUCUUGAAGAUGUCUUUUAUUCCAGAUCUCUUUAUCUUCCUUCACAAGCUUUCUGAGAAUAAGUAGUGCAUGUUGAGGUUUAUCUUCGCUUUUAUGUGCUCUAGCCACUUGCUUAACAUUGAGCACAUUUGAGUUGCAUUUCAUCGGGCUUUCAGAAUCCUUUUAUAAAGGGACUGAUCUGUUAACAUCACCCUCUUUAGAUCUAGCAGACAGGAUGUUCCUCCAUACAAAGAAGUGCUCACAGUCUUUCUGGCCGGCCAGUAAGUGAAUGAUUUCAGGCCUGGUGGGCAAUACUUGUGUCCAUGCGUAACAGCCCGACCGCAGUAGUAGGCAGCUGCAUGUAAUUUUGAACUCCACUCAUUGAACUGUAAUAAAACAAUAUAAGCACUGCUUGGGGGGAAGAUUGGAUGCAGUUAUCCUUACACAAGGCUCAGGCAUAUGAAAGCAGUGCUGGCUGACAAGAGGAUUUUGAGAUUUGAUUUUGAUUGAAUUGCAGAAUUGAACAGGCCAGGAAUGUCAGUGGAAGGCUAAACGCCUGUAGUGCCAUAAAGUUUUAUUCAUGUGAGGCUUUCCAAUAUCAAGUAGAUGGAUUAUUGGAAAAGGUGUCAAGGGACAUGAAAUGGAAGUGCCCAAAACAUAAAAUGUAGGCAGGAGGGAGAAAUUACUUCUUGCUUAGUAUAUAAUUAGGUCUUCAAAAAAAGAGAGAAUAUUCCAUAAAAUUGUUGAUUCUUCCUUCUUUAAAUAAAAAAAUGACCAACUCAUCUUAUCAUUUACUACUUAUUUUAUGCCGUCACAAGAAACAGCAUUUAGACAGGAGCUUCUUCUCUUGUGCCAUUCUUCAGUUCUGUUCGAAAUUAACAUAGGGCACUGGCUUUCGUUAGAAGAAAGGGUAGGGUGAACCAAGAAUAUCACAGGACACUAGGAAGUGUUAUGUUCAGAACCAAGAGCAAGACAUGCGUUCACACAUCUUAACACACUGACUUAUUUCAUAGCUUGGUAAUGCAUACAGAAUCAUACACAAAUUUGCAUUGGACAGCUGAUAUCAAAAUUUGUGUGGUGUUAGAGAGUGGCGCUCCCUGGCAACGAGCUGCUCGUUCUGCAUUGAAGUUAUGUAGAAGGUUGAGCUGGGGACCACAAAGUUGACUGUUGUCCCUAUUCCUUAUCCGUAUGUAGUGUUUUCGUUCUGAUAAUAGGUGAAGUACAUCUAAAAAUCACCAGUAUGGACGUACAGAAACACCUGUAAUUUUUCAGUUAUGAACUGGAUUUUGUUUAGCAUUUCUAACCAAAGUAAGUUUCGGUUAAAUCAUUGAAAUUAGGAACAUAAACACAUUGAUUCUUAACACGCAGGUGUGAUUUUUGUUUUCCACCUACCUCUUCUAAUGUAUUAUGUACUGAGAAACAUGUUUAUUUGAAAAUGAGACUUUGUGAGGUCAAAGUAGAAAACUUUAGGAAGGAAAUUUUAAAGGGCUUAUGUUUAUAAAGCUCCCUUUUCCUUUAUAAUGCUUAAUUCAUAGACAUGUUGGAAAAGAAAUUGCAUGCCCUAUAAUUGAAGUCACCUCUCUGAGAUUUUUUAAAAGUUUUAUUUACCUUGUAUUUCAAUACUUAUGUGAGAGUGAAUUAGUUAUAUUUUAUUAUUGUUUACUUUUUCUAAAAAUAAACUUUAUGAAUUUUUUUUUUUUUUUUUGAGACGGAGUUUCACUCUUGUUACCCAGGCUGGAGUGCAAUGGCAUGAUCUCGGCUCACCGCAACCUCCGCCUCCUGGGUUCAGGCAGUUCUCCUGCCUCAGCCUCCUGAGUAGCUGGGAAUACAGGCACACACCACCAUGCCCAGCUAAUUUUUUGUAUUUUUAGUAGAGACGGGGUUUCACCAUGUUGACCAGGAUGGUCUCGAUCUCUUGACCUCGUGAUCCACCCGCCUCGGCCUCCCAAAGUGCUGAGAUUACAGGCGUGAGCCACCGCACCCGGCCCAACUUUAUGAAUAUUUAUGUAAUGAAACAAUUCAUUUAUAAACAGCCCUUAAAAAAGAAGUCCUCCAUUAGAGUGGUCAGAUUGCCUGAUCAGUAAGUGACCCCUGUUCAUUUCACAUUGCAUCCCUUUCUUCCAUAGCAUUUACAUGGGCAAAAAUUAUAUCUGGGAAUAGGAUUUUCUGCUGCUUGUAGAAUUAAUGCCAGUUUGUGCAGGAGAGGACAAGAAAAGGUUGUUGAGGGCUGAUAAAAGGAAAUGCUCACAAAGUUGCAAAGAUCUGCCUUUGAACUUGUUGAGGUUCUAGGAAAUAGUCCUUUGCCUGGGCUGCUCUCAGCCAUGAAAUUCUGGUCUUUAAGGGAAAGAUGUGUUGUAAUGUAUCAGUAUCUUGGAGCCUUGCAAGUUACUGUCACAUACACAAACGCAUGAAAAGUACAUUUCACUUUCUUUAACACUGGAUUAAGGGGAGGGAUGGAGGGUGCUUAGGGUGGAAAAUUUAAGGAGGCAUUUGCUCUCAAUGCUGACCUUGAACUUGGAUGAUCCUGAGACCUAGUGCCUCCCUACAUUUGCACCCUAGGCACCUCACUUGCCUCCUAUAAUUUGGGCCCUGCUGUAUUUUUGCAGUCAAAAAAACCCUUGAUCCAAGGAAAACACAUGACUUUUUUGCUCUUUCUGUAUUCCUACCCUGUUUUUCUUAUCGCAAUUUUAAAAUGACAAUGACUGUGAUUGUAUAAUAUUAUUUGAUUAUUAUGUCUAUGCAGUUUCCCCGAAUUGGCAGGCAUUCUGUUUUGGAGCCAAAAAGUGGUUUGGGGAUAGGUCUGGUCAUAACACGCAUUUUGUUCUUUGAUCCUAUUGGAGCUAGGGUUUGACAUUAGCUAAUAAACUUUGCAUGCCCACACCUUAUUAAGUUGAACAGUUGCAAGUGUCCUCCAUGAAAAAGACAUGUGCCGGCAUUCCCAGGUCAAAGUUUGCUAAGCAGGUUUCCAAGGAUUAACACUUGGCAAUGAUUUGGUUCUGAAACGGUGGCGAUGGUAGUUUGGUGAUCAAAGCAGAGAAGUUUGGAAUAGGCAUCUUAGCUCAGGACAGUAAGGCAGUUGACAGGAUGAUCUUUGUUAUAGACACUGCCACCAUUACCUGCUAGUUAAGGUAUCUUGCAAAGCAUUCUACUUGAAUUCUUCCCAUUUUAUUCUUAAGAAAAACUCCUUUUUGCAGAUACUGUUAUUACCCACUAGUUUACAGAUGAGGGCAUUGCUGCGUGGAGAAAUUAAAUCAUUUGCCCAGGUUCACAGCUCAGUAACAACAGACCCUAACCCCUGAGCCAGCGCUCGUAAUACCAGUGGUCUUGACAACUGCAUAGUGCUUGCUAUGUUUCAUUAAUAGUCCAGGGUUAUUAUUACAGGUACACUUUGUCUUUUGGGAGAGGUACCAGAAUUUCUUUCUUAAGUAUUGCUUCAAUCUUACCAGUCAGCAGCCUUUCUUUGCAGAAUGAGGAAAGCACUGAGUGCCCAUACUGUUUUCACAGACUUAAUGGAGCAGGAUUUUGUACAUUUCUUUGUGGAAGCCAUUCACAGAGGUGUGCAUAAGGGGAAAGGAAGCAGUGGGAAUCCUUAACCCUGGUCAGGGGAUAGAGAUCUCCUGAUAGACCAGGAGGUACCUGUCAAUCACUAAGAUUGAAAUCUUAGAAAGAGUCUGUUUCUGUGCUGGGGUUCCCUCCCCAAGGCUGGCAACAUUCACAUUCCUCGGCAGGGAAGCAUUGUUUAGAGCCAUCAACCCAUGAAGGGUUCCAUGAGGUCUGGCACUGUCUGAUGUGUGGUGUGUAUGAAUGAAGCCUCUUUCCUCAAAGCUGAAAUCAGUUUGAGAAAACUGGAAGAAUGAGUCAUUUGAGGUUCUUCUUUCAGAACAUGUCUACAUUUGUCUCUGGCUGAUUCUGUCCUUGCAUAGUUGCCAGUAUAUUGUAUAGAUUCUGUACUUGCAAGUGUUGAAAUUUCUCUAUGAUCUUGAGAAGGAUGAAAGAAAGAGACAUGAUAUCCACCCCUCCUGCCCCAUUCUGACUAGUAUGCAAAUUUAAUUUAAAAAAUAUAUGAAAAAGACCAGAUUCUUUUAGAAGUGCUCUGCUUAUAACUGUUGCAACCUGUGUCUGAACAGGUAGGGCAUGCUAGACACAGAUGAGCUUCCUUUAAAGGAUCAUGCUGCUAGCAUGAACCUUUUCCACACUCUCCCUGAGCAGGUCCUCUUCAUUCCUGUGUGGUAACUGGACACAGGCCUUGAUGGUUUCAUCUGUCCAGAAGUGAAAAGUACAUUGGAAAUGGAGCAGGUUGGCAUGCAGACCUGUGGAACCAGGCCACUCACCUAGUUCCUUCCAGCUGGAGUGAUUCCCUUUCAGAUCUGACUUCAGCCAUGUGGCACCUGGUUGCCGAUUACUGCCCAGGUUGGCAGUGUCUUCCCUGACUCAGGCUAUUCAUCUUAGUGGGUAUACUGUUUGUAAGCUCAUUGGGGUGCCUCAUGAACUAGCUUGAGAAAGUGUAAGAGGGCCUGGAAACAUAGUGGUUAAGUUUAAACAGUCAUUCUUGCUGUAUGUGUAGACACAGGUAUAGAUGGAGGUAUUCAGGCCACAACUACACGUAAGCUUGUAUGGUAUUCUAAAUAAGGUAUUUAUUGAUCACUGGCAUUUAUCUACUGAGAUUCCUUAUGCAAAACCCAGAUUUCUGACUUGUAAUAAACCAAAGACAUAGUAACACCAGCCCCUCUCCCAUGCUGGGAUCAAGUGCCCAUUUAGAUGGGCUUGUCCCAGCUGUCUGUUUGGGAUGCAUUCGUACCCACUGCCUGGUGUUCGAUUCCUUGCCUGCUUCAUCCAUUGAAUUUUUUGAAGCAACCGCCUGGCCCCAUUGGACAUUUGAGUUUGCCACCCUGAUGGAAAGCAUGUCCUGAAAUAGAUGUACUGGUAUACAUGCGGGUGUGGACAUAGUCUGUAUUGACACUUACUCCUGCUGAGGAAUGUGCAGCCAGAUUUCUGGAAAGCUCCACUUCUCAAAAUGCCUUCAGUGAUUUAAACCUGCUGGAAGCUGUGCACCCCAUCCAAACAAUGGGAUCCAUAGAGAAACAUACUCACUGGAGAAUUACAGGGCAUAUAAUUUUGUCUUUAAAUUCUUAUAAGUGAAUUGUAAGAACAUGACUUCAUAGGAACCUUUGAGACAUUACAGUGUUUUAAUAACACUUUGCUGCUACAUGCAAUGCUUCAUUUUUACUUUUAUUAAUUUAAUUUACUUUUCAGUGUGUGGCAGCGGGUGCCCUGGGCACCUCAGCCCUGUCUCCAGCUUCCCCCUCCUCUGCCUCUGGGAAGCCGCCUGGCUUCCUCCCUCCCUAGGGCAGAGGCUCCAGGGGCAUGUCCUGUCUGUGAAGAGUUUAUGAGGUUUCACCCACUCCUUCAUUCUUGAACAUGCUUUUUCUCUGCUCAUUACCCUCCCUGCUUCCUCCCGGGCUGCCAACAAUGUAUUAUAUUACCUCCAUCCGCAACCAGAGCUGCUACCACCACUGUGCCCGAGCCUGAAUUUCCAUAGUUAUAUUUUAAAAAAUCAAGGGUGCCCCCGAGUGACAGCAGCUUUUAUGGAAGUCAGUCUUAGCAGGAUGGCAGAGCGUCCGUUUCUCCUUGAAGCCCAGGCUUCUCAGCAAAGGGCAAGAACUGUCGUAGCUUUCGUCCUUGUGGUAAUACAUUGAAUGCCUGAGUUCCUUCAUUCGUUUGUUCAUUCGUUCACUUAUCCACCAGUUCUUUUCAAUAGUUACGUGUAUCUGUCAAAAGACAGAUAUAGGCCCGGCAUGGUGGCUCACACCUGUAAUCCCAGCACUUUGGGAGGCUGAGGUGGGUGGAUCACCUGAGGUCAGGAGUUCAAGACCAGCCUGGCCAACAUGAUAAAAAUCCUGUCUCUACUGAAAAUACAAAAUUAGCAGGGGUUGGUGCCUCAUGCCUAUAAUCCCAGUUACUUGGGAGGCUGAGGCAGGAUAAUCACUUGAACCCAGGAGGUGGAGGUUGCAGUGAGCCGAGAUUGUGCCACUGCACUCCAGCCUGGGCAACAAGAGUGAAACUUCGUCUCAAAAAAAAAAAAAAGAAAGAUUAGGAGGCUGAGGCGGGCGGAUCACAAGGUCAAGAGAUCGAGACCAUCCUGGCUAACAUGGUGAAACCCCAUCUCUAUUAAAAAUAUAAAAAUUAGCCGGGCGUGGUUGCACAUGCCUAUGGUCCCAGCUACUCAGGAGGCUGAGGUGGAAGAAUCGCUUGAACCCAGGAGGCAGAGCUUGCAGUGAGCCGAGAUUGUGCCACUGUACUCCAGCCUAGUGACAGAGCAAGACUCCAUCUCAAAAAAAAGAAAAAAAAGAUAGAUAUAAAUUUCUGUUGAUAUUUUUAUCUAUGCCAGGCAUUGAUAAUUUCAGUACUGUUUAAAAAGACUUGGGGCUUAAUCCCAUAACAUAGAAACAGAUGGGAAAUUUGAACUCUAGAGAAUUCAACAAAGAAAGGCCCUUUUUCUGUAGGACGAAUUGACUUGGUUGAAUGCCAUGGAGUUCAAAGUACCUUAGAAUUUUAGAACUUCUUGAGAAGCUGUCUGGCUGGAGCUCAUUUUUAUUUUCCAGAACCUUUGGAAGGUGGUAUAUUCCAUGGUUAAAAAGUAGACUUCAGCAGCAGGCCCGUUCCAGUUCAGGCAAAACACAAAGAGCUGCCAUUUACAUUGCCUGUGAUGUGUGUGGCAGUCGUUUCAGUUGUGUGGUUCUCAUCCUUCUCAGCUGUUCAUAGCAGCCCUGAUUUAGGCAAAACUGAGUUUGAAUUCCUGCUUUUGCCACUUACAGUUUGUGAACCAGACUGUAUUUCUGUAGCCGUCCAGGUUUGGCCUCCUCAUCGGUCAAAUGGAGGUUCUGGCACCUCCCUCACAGGUACCAUGGGCAACACUAAGGACUAAAGGCACACCGAAGCCCUUCAUGCCAUGCCUGCCGCGUGGUCUGCACUCCAGAAGUAGUUGCGAUUGCUGUUAUUGAGAUGAACGAUCUCCCUUGCACAUCUUCCCCUGCCCAGCCAUAUUGUGCUCUUUGAAAAGGAUAUCCUCCACAUUCGUUUUUCCAGAAAAUUGAGGUCACUGACUUAUUUCCUUCUUCAACCCUCUACCCUCCAGUUCCCCAUGGCCAUUCCCCCUCCUCCCAAUCCCUUGGGUUAAGUCCCAGCAGAGGCAUGUACAGAGAGCAUCCCUCGCAAACAUGCCUUUCUGUCUGCAGCAGGCCUGUUUGAUUUUGGCUGCUUAUCUGAUGCAGGGAAGCAGCCACACUCCUCUGAGCCUUGGGUAGGCCAGUCGUGGACUGGCCCGUAAUAAUACAAUUAUGAAGGUUAACAGGAAAAAGUGGGGUCCAGGAGCAAUUUCAGGCAGCUGGCAGUCCUGAAUUGGAAGCGCCCCACCAAUGAAAACUGCAGCAAGAAGCAAAUUAAACCUCCUAUCUGCCAUCUCACUCUCUUUUCUCCCCUUUCCUGUUUGGACUUGAAAGACGAUUGGAGCCAGGGCCCUGACAGUUGACGGAAGUGCUGCAAGGAGAGAGUAUUUAUUUACAGUGAGUCGUGGUGAUGCUUGUUCAGGAUGCGGUUUCUUGCAGGAAGUUCUGUCCCCACCCCCGGGUUUGAUCAUUUCUCCAAAAAAAAAAAAAAAAAAAAAAUCCUUGAUUGUUUGAGGCCCCCUCUCUGACUUGGAGCAACAUUGUAGAACCUGUCUAUACUUGGAGGGCUUGCUGAGUGCACCCUUGUAGGAGGGCUGAGUGGGACAAGAGGCAGCCAGUGGGCCUGGCUCCCUCCAGAUGUGUUCAGGCGCAGCAAAAACCAUUAGGCAUUGAAAAUAGGGAAGUAGGCUGAGUACACGUGUGGUAAGCUGUGGUUGGCGCAGGCCAGUCUGUUCGUUAACAGAAACCAGUGCCAAUUGACGUUGAUGUGCUAGGCGUUUGAGAGAGAAAUCACUUUGAGGCGAAGUCAGUAGCUGCAGCGCAUAGGGAGCGAGUAUUUAGGUAGAAACUGGUUGGGCUGGGACUGGCCAGUGAAGCCCCUCUGAAGGAGGCUGAGUGCUAAGCUGCUGGUCCAAAAUGUGGGGUGCUUUUUGCCUUUGGGAGUCUCACAGAAUAUUGGGAGAGAAGGGUAGAAGGGGAAAUAGUAUUCUGUUGAAGAGGUUAUUUUGAUACAGUCUUAGAUCAUCAUAAGGCCACCUUACAAUACCAUAGAAUUUUCUCAUCAGCUGACAGCCUCCAUUCCUUAUUUAAAAAUAUAUACAAGUAAGAAAAAAAUGACAGAAGGAUACAAAAUGAGACUCAGCUCCCUUCUUUGGUCUAUGAAAUCCCCAUAGACCAGAUUUCUAUGAAAUCACCUGGCAACUUGCUAGGGAUGCACGUUUUGGGGCCCCAUUGGAGGGAGAGUGGCAGAGUCGGAAAAUCUGGCCUGAGGCCUGGCGGUCUGUGUUUUAACCAGCCCUGCAGGCGAUCCUGAUGCUCAGGACUGUUGAGAAGCAUGGAGUGAAGGCAGUGGCUUUCCAACUCCACUGUGCAUCAGGGUCACCUGGAGGUCUCGUUAGACCAACAGGCGUGAACCCAGAGUCACAGUUAGAUAGGCAGAAUAUAUGCCCGCAUCCUGUUUUACAGUAAGGUGACUGUCGUUAACAGCAAUAUAUUGUAUAUUUCAUAAUGGCUAGAAGACAGAAUUUUGAAUGUUCUCAUCACAAAGAAAUGAUAAAUGUUUGAGGUGAUGGAUAAGCAAAUUACCCUGAUUUUAUCAUGACACCAUAUAUACAUGUAUCAAUACAUCACACUGUACCCCAUUAAUAUAUACAAUUACUGUGUCAGUUAAAAACAAAAUAAGGGCUGGGUGCAGUGGAUCACGCCUGUAAUCCCAGUCCUUUGGGAGACUGAGGCAGGCGGAUCACCUGAGGUCAGGAGUUUGAGACCAGUCUGGCCGACAUGGUAAAACCCCAUCUCUACCAAAAAUACAAAAAAAUUGGAUGCAUGCCUGUAAUCCCAGCUACUCAGGAAGCUGAGACAGGAGAAUUGCUUGCACCCAGGAGGAGGAGGUUGCGGUGAGCCGAGAUCACACCAUUGUUCUCUAUCCGCAUCUGGGUGACAGAGUGAGGCUCUGUCUCAAAAAAAAAAAAAAUCACUUUGGGAGGCCGAGACAGGCAGAUCAUGAGGUCAGGAGAUCAAGACCAUCCUGGCUAACAUGGUGAAACCCCGUCUCUACUAAAAUUACAAAGAAACCAAGGGUGGUGGCGGGUGCCUGUAGUCUCAGCUACUUGGGAGGCUAAGGCAGGAGAAUCGCUGGAACCCAGGAGGCGGAGGUUGCAGUGAGCUGAGAUCACGCCACUGCACUCCAGCCUGGGUGACAGAGCGAGACUCUGUCUCAAAAUAAAUAAAUAAAUAUAAGAUUUAAAUAAAAACUACAGAUGCUGGAGCCCCACCCCCAGAGAUUCAGAUUAAGUCCCACGUGGGGCUGACAAUCUGCAUGCUUUCAUUUUGUUUUGAGCAGGCAACCUCCCCUGCAGUCACCUUCCCCCUGGUUUUCCUGAUGCAAUAGGCCUGGGCUUUUGACAAAUCCAGACUUGGGGGUGGCUGUGAUCGUUGUCAAAACAAAAGAAAAAAAAAACAAGACAAUGGACUGGAGGAAGCAUCUCUGUGGCAUUAUUAUUGAGGCUGUGGCUAGUUUGGUGCAGGAUGAUACGGACGACAGAGAGGACCUCAGUGCCCACUUAGCUUUCUCCAGACGUCCCAGUGCCCAACUUAUCGGGAGAGACUUGCGUGAAUAAUUUCACCAAAAUCAGCUGGACAUUCUCAAGAUUCAGAGGAAGACACCAGUGUCCUCCUGUGGGUGUCUCCUUGUGUGUUUUACUUGAUACACAAAAACCUGUUUUUUUUUUUAGCUUUUCAAGGUCUUUAGCCAUUUUUGAAAGGUGCUGUAGGUGGCCUGUUGUAAUAUGCAAAACGUAUACAAAGACGUGCAGGCAGCCCCUGUGUCAAGCAACUCAGUUCGGUUGGCUAAUGGUAAAUGUAGAGAAGUAUGCGUACGAUGUCAGGGUGUUACAUUAUCAACUGUGCAGAAGCAAACAACAACUGGGGCCUCUGGGACAUAUAUGGUCAAGCUUCACAGAAGUGGGGCACCAAGUCUGAAUAGGGCUUUGAGGCAUGAUGAUUUUUGCCUUGAUGAUUCACCUCCUGAGAGGUUUAAUGCUUGGGAAUUCUCAACGUCUUUUAGGCAUGGCUUCUGAAUGGGAAGGUUCUGGUGAAGAUAUCAUUAUAGGUGCAGUGGCUCACAUGUAUAAUCCCAGCACUUUGGGAGGCUGAGGCAGGUGGAUCACGAGGUCAGGAGUUUGAGACCAGCCUGACUAAGAUGGUGAAACCCUGUCUCUACUAAAAAUACAAAAAUUAGCCAGGUGUAGUGGCAGCACCUGUAAUCCCGGCUACUCAGUUGGCUGAGGCAGGAGAAUCAUUUUAACCUGGGAAACCAAAGUUGCAGUGAGCUGAGAUUGCACCACUGCAGUCCAGCCUGGGCAACAGAGCGAGACUCCAUCUCAAAAAAAAAAAAGAACAUAGUUGGUGAAGCCCUCUUCAUGCAGGUAGCAUCAGGCAGAACGGAGACUGAUUAUGUACAAACAGCAGUAAGCUUUAUAAAAUCUAGGAAAUAAUUUUUCCCCAAUUUCCCCUCAAAUCCAAAAAUUAUUCUGCAGUCUGAGUGGGGUAGAUAGGCUGCCAAGAUGCUGAAGGGGCUCAGUGGGAAGGGACUUGGCUAACAAUUCCCAAUGCCAGUGUUCUCUACAGAAGGGACUUGGCUAACAAUUCCCAAUGCCAGUGUUCUCUACAGCGUGUCUUGUUGAGCACUGGUGCUCUGGCUUGCUGCCCACCAGCCAGACUGAGUUUGAGAACUCGAGGGUUUAUGAAGGAGAGGUAAGAACGCCACCCUGGGGGUCUGUAAGGGCUGAUUUAAAAUUCCACCAGUGGCACUGACUUUGGAUACAUUCCUCAACCUCUCCAAAUGGUUCCCUGUUAGUGACGCUGGGGGCAUCAGAAGAUCAUUCUCCUAGAGCAUUUAGCCAGGGCCUGACAUGUUAGCGACUACUCACUUCACUGCCUGCUCACAAGCAUGGGUAAGAGGAAGAGCAAAACGAACAAAAGGCCUGAACUGCUAGGCCAAUCUGGAGCACAGUUGCUAACCUCAGCACUGUUGACAUUUGGGGUCAGAAAGUUCUUUGUUGUGGGGUCUGUGCUGUGCCUGGUGGGAUGUGUAGCAGCAUCCUUACCUCUGCCAUUCAUUCCUGCCCUAUCACAGUGACAGCCAAGACCGUCUCUAGACAUUUCCAAAUGCAUGUCCCCUAGGGGCUGAAGCCACCCUCUACUUCCAUGAGAAUGACUGACCUGUAGUUCAGUCUCACUUAGGGAGUCGUGCCAUGAUUAGCAAAGGUAUUUACCCUGACUCAAGGCACUGCUAAGCUAGGUCUCUAAUCUAGAAUAUGGAAAAAAAUUUCACAAGAGGCAGCUGAAAAAGUUUUAUAUUUUACCAUUUGCAACAGGGAAUGCAGUUACCUUUUAAAACCAGUCAACUGGUAUUUACUGAAGUACUGUCAUAGCUGACAGGGAAGAAGAAUUCCUAAAAUAUUCCUGGUAUAUGCUUUCUGUUUCAUACCAGUUUCACUUUAAAGUGUGAGGAACAGGGUAGGGUCUUUUGCCUGUUUAUUUUUCCAAUUUUUUGUUCCUUAUUUUAAUUUUAAUUUAAUUUAAUUUUGUUUUUGAGAUAGGGUCUCACUGUGUCUCCCAGGCUAGAGUGCAGUGGCAUGAUUACAGCUCAUUGCAGCCUCAACCUCCUGGGCUCAAGUGAUCCUCCCACCUCAGCCUCCUGGGUAGCUGGGGCUACAGACACAUGCUACCAGGCCUGGCUAGUUUUUUAAACAUGUUUGUGUAGAGAUGAGGUCUCACUUUGUUACUCAGGCUGGUCUCGAACACCUGGGCUCAAGCAAUCCCCCCUGCCCCGGCCUCUCAAAGUGCUGGGAUUACAGGCGUGAGCCACUUUACCUGCUCUUGUUUGUUAUUUUUAAUCGUGGCAAAAUACGCAUAACAGGAUUCAUCCUGUUACAUUUUUUGAAGCGUGGAGCGCAGUCGUGUUACGUAUAUUCACAUUGUUGUGCAACCAAUCUCCAGACCUGUUUCAUCUUGCAUAACUGAAACUCCCUCCUCCCCUGGCAAACACCAUUCUACUUUCUAUGAAUUUGACAACUCGAGAUACCUCCUACAAGUGGAAUCAUAUAGUAUUUGUCUUUUUGUGACUGGCUUAUUUCACUUAGCAUAAUGUUCUCAAGGUACAUGCCUGUCCUAUUACAGCAGGAUUCAGAACCUCCUCUUUUUUUUUUUUUUUUUUUUUUUUUUUUCUGAGACAGAGUCUCACUCUGUUGCCCAGGCUGGAGUGUGCAGUGGUAGUCUCAGCUCACUGAAACUUCUGCCUCCCAGGUUCAAGCGAUUCUCCUGCCUCAACCUCCCAAGCAGCUGGGAUUACAGGUGUGCGCUACCAUGCCUGGCUAAUUUUUUUGUGUUUUUAGUAGAGAUGGGGUUUCGCCAUGUUGGUCAGGCUGGUCUAAAACUCCUAAUGAUCCUCCCACCUCAGCCUCCCAAACUGCUGGGAUUACAGACGUGAGCCACUGCGCCUGGCCCCUUCUCCCUUUUAAAGGCUGAAUAAUAUUCUGUUGACUGUGCGUACGUUUUGUUUAUCCAUCCUUUGCGGACCACUUGGCUUGCUGCCCCCUUUUGACUGUUGUGAAUAAUAUUGCCAUGAACAUGGGUAUACAAAUAUCUCUUAAGUCUUUGCUUUCAGUUCUCUAGGGUAUAUUGCCAGUAGUGGAAAUGCUGGAUCAUAUAGUAAUUGUAUUUUUCCUUCUUCUUUAUAAGUUUUGUUUUUUACCUUUGCUUCCUGAAAGAAAAAGAAUGGACUGCCUUUCAGACUCCUCCCCAUCUUUUCUUGAAGGUUUUCAUUACAUCACUGCUGCCUUUGAUUCUUUCUCCCCUUCCCACCCUGUGCACAUAGACACACAAAAAGGUUGUCAGGAACCAGGAAAAAGCAAUCAUUGGCAUAUAUGCUUUCAGGGUUCUGAGCAGCUCUCAUGCAGCCAUAACCACACCUGGACCACUUUGCCAGCAGGACAUGUGCUGCUUGUAGCCUGAAGUCUCCCCAAGCUCCGCAUCUGUGGAAACACAAGGCCUGGCACCCUCAUUGCCUGCCUGCCACCUGAAUAGGCAGUCCCAUCCCUGUGCAAUUUAAUGAAGUGGUGGAGAGGAAGAUGAGUUGUGAGAGCAGCGAGCUGGUGUCCUCCUUCCAAUAUAGCCGUGGAGAGCGUGUUGUAGCUCCAACCGUAAGGCUUUAUUCCUCGCAAAGACCCCCCCCCCCAUCCUUGCUACCAUCCACUCUGCCCUGUGGUCUCCACCAGUGGGGGUGGGGAGGGCUGGGUGGGAUGCUUUGUCCUCCAGCCUUCGUAAUUUACUUAUAAAUAUUCUGGUUCUGCAUUGACAUUCUCCGUGUAAGAAGACAGGAGAGCAAAAAAGCAAUAUGUUGAAAAGCUUGUAUCUAUGGAGACUGGUGUUUUUUUUCUCCAAAUUAGACUGAAACCUCCUUAAAUCUAUAUAAUUCUAUUUGCAGAAUGGGCCUACCAUGCCUUGUGAUGAAGACUGGAUCUUGGUCAUUAGUUGCUGGUGGGGCAUAAAUGAGGUCCGAAAGACCCAAGGGAGGGACAUUCUCAAUAUUUGGAGAUCAAAAUUAUGUGAGUGGAGGGGAGCCUGGAGAAGGUGGCUGUAAGUCGAAAUCCCUACUGUGCUAGGAUGUUAAAUCCUUUUGUAAGCCAGAGGUUCCUCUGCUGAUGGCCAGGAGGAUGGAGAGUCAGCAGAGAUAAUGGAAUGCACAGGGACUCGUGCCACAGCAGGUGACUCUUAAAGGUGGAUAAAUAAGUGGAAAUAGGACUAGUCUUGCUGUUUCACAUUUUUUAAAGCAAUCCAAAAACACCAGUACUUUCAGGCCAGUGUAGCUCAUAUUAAAUGAGGCUGCCAGAAAAUGAAGAAUAAGGGACAACAUUCAUUCAUUCAUUCAUUCAGAAAUAGAUUUUAUUUUUAAGAGCCAAGAAUCCAGUGCUGAGCAAAACCAGACACAUUGUCCUUAAAGAGUCUACAUGUUAUUCAAUUCCUUUAAUUCCUGUGCAUAACUGAACAUGUUAGAUGCCUACAUUUUCCUGAAGGUAAUAAAUAGUUCAAUUAUUUUGUUUGCUUUGAUCCCAUUACUUUCAUAUAAGUAAUAGAGAAAAAUCACAUAAACACAUUUCUUCUGGAAAUAAGUCAGUUCUUGUUUUAAUCCAUGUUAAGUUUUUGCCCCUCCCAUCUGCAGAUCCCUGGGCUCUCUUUGACUCAGUGUCAUAUGCACAGCUUUUCUCCACCUCCUGGGACCAAGCUUCUCUUUUUGUCUGCAGGGGCCCUGUCCUCUCAGGGCAGCUCGUUUUUUAUCUGAUCAUCUUUUUGGUUUGGGUCUCCUAUGCCCCAGCCAGAGGAACAGGCUGUUUAUUCCUGUUCAGCAGGGUUUCUUUUUAUUCCCAAAGGCAUUAUGGGAUGAUCCUGUUAGCAGAUGAUGAUUGCAGAAUCAGAGAAGUUCAUGCUGCUCCACCCUUUGCGCUUGUGUUUUAUGCUGGGUAGAGAGAGAGGAUAGCGGGACCAUUGCUGAGUUCUGUGAUACCCUCUUCUUUGUGGGACGCUCAGAGAGACCUGCGGUGUUUCUGUGGUGGGACCAAAUUUUGCUCCCUCACUCUGCCCGAGUCCAGUGCAUCUGCCAUUGCUGGUGAGUCGGAAGACCCCAGUGGAGAAUGGCUGUUGGCUUCUUAUACCUCCAAACUCUGUAUGUAUUCACGAUUUGUUUUCCUUUUUUUAAUUUUUUUUUUUUUUUUUUGAGAUCGGUUCUUACUCUGUCAGUAAGGCUGGAGUGCAAUGGCGUGAUCGUAGUUGACUGCAGCCUCAACUUCCCAUGUUCAAGUGAUCUUCCCACCUUCAUUUCUCAAGUAACUAGGACAACAGGUGUGCACCACCAAGCCUGGCUAAUUUUUGUAUUUUUUGUAGAGGUGGGUUUUCAUCAUCUGGGUUUGCCCAGAUUGGUCUCGAACUCCUGGGCUCAAGCAAUCUGCCUGCCUUCCAGAGUGCUGGGAUUACAGGCAUGAGCUGCCACCCUCAGCCUUGUUUUCCUUUUUAUACAUUCUUAGAAGUGACAUUGUUAGAUCAAAGAGACUGAGAAAUGUUAAUGCUAACUUUCUGUUUUUCAGAAUGGUGAUACCGAGUUUGUUCUCAAUCAGCUUUGUGUGUGAAGGCCCAUUUCCCUAAACUCCAACAAUGUAGGGUAUUAUAUGUGAAAAUAUUCCCUAAUUUGAUGGGUGAAAAUGGUAUUGUGUGUACCGGUGUUGCUUUGAUUGGUAAGGGGGUUACAUUUUGUUUGCGAUGUUUUAGAUGUUUCAGAUACAUACAGAAAUUCGAUGAUUAUAACAGGUGUUCUGUACUGUUCCUGCCUACAGAUCUCCGCUUGCCUGGCUGAUGCCAAGGUGGAGUAGGUUUCCAGGUGUUGUGGUGUGUUCUUGUCAUCGCUUUUGGAGGAUGUGCUUCAGACUUGGUUUAUGACUACAGUCCGUUCGGUGCUGUUGGGGUCAUGAAUCCUUGCAAUUUUUUGUUCUUUUCUUGUUAGUAUUAUAAGGGGCUGUGUGAGUCAGUUCCUUAAGGGAUUUAUGGAAAUACAUGGAAUUGUAAUAGGGACCAUAUUUUAUGACUCUAAAACUAGGAUUGCUGAUUUUAUGAGAGUGAGUCAUGUUUACAGGGACCAUAGGAUGGGUAUUUGAAAUGUGGACUGUAGUGGGAAAUCCAGAAGGUCUCAUCACCACCAGGGCCAGCAUUCCCCACACUCCUUAGACCACAGGUUCCCCAGCACAGUUGUUCCAUGCAGAAACUAUUCCAUGGUGAAAAUCAGUUGGAAAACACCAGCUUAUACCAGGCCGCAUCUUUAUUUUAUUUGAAUUUUAGCUGCAGGAUUCUCAGGAUUUAGCACAAUGGUGUGCUCUGUUGACCUCAGAGGGAUUUUGAACAUGGGUAGAGUUUUCCAAAUGAAACUUACUUUGGAGGCGGCAGGGACUGUUGAGGGGAGACAGUGCCUUUUGAGGAUGUGAAGAGCCCAUACCAGGAACAGUUUGGGAAAUGUGUCAUAGGAAUAAUUAGAAAUUCCUGCAUGGCAUGAACCCACAUUUUCUGAAAAAUCAGAAAUGCCUUUUCAGUUGUGACAUAAUAGAGUAUUAAUAUAUGUAGACAGUUUCUCCUCUUUCCUUCCUUUCUUCUUCCUUUCUUCUUUCUAUCCUCCCUCCCUCCCCCUCCUUCCUUCUUUCCUUCCAUCCUCCCUCCUUCCUCCCUUUCUUUCUCCAUCCCUCCCCCUCCCUCCUUCCUUCCUUCCUGCUUCCCUUCUCUCCCUCCCUUCCUUCUUUCCCCUUCUCCCUUCCUCUCUUCCCCUUCUCCUUCCUCUCCUCCUCCUCAUCCUCAACCUCCACUUUUCCUUUUGUAUUGAAGUCUAUUACUUUAAGCUCUUAUGAGAAAAAGAAUGACAUAGCUGAAAACUCGGGUGUUAAUUAUCAAUUUUUAAGAACUGAUGAAAUGCCAUAAAGCUGAACAGGAUGGGCUAUGCAAUGGCCAUCUAAUACCUGGCUAUAGAAGAUCAAAGACAAGAGAGAAGGAGGUGACAGGGGCCCAUCAGUCAAGUGCUUUAAACUCUUUGGUGGUCAUGGACUCCUUGGUAAAUCUGAAAAAUCUCUAAGCCUCUCUACUUGUCUGUGUGCAGGCACAUGUGUGUACAGAACAAAUGUUCAUCUUCUUACUACCCAGAAUUAAUAACUUUUGGCAUUUCAUCGUAUUCACCUUUACUCUAUUACCUUUAAGAAAUACAACAUCUGGGCCCAGCAUGGUGACUCACGCCUGUAAUCCCAGCACUUUGAGUGGCUGAUGUGGGCGGAUCACCUUAGGUUGGGAAUUCGAGACCAGCCUGACCAACAUGAAGAAACCCCGUCUCUACCAAAAAUACAGAAUUAGCAGGGCCUGGUGGCACUUGCCUGUAAUCCCAACUACUCAGGAGGCCGAGGCAGGAAGAUCUUGCUUGAACCUGGGAGGUGCAUGUUGUGGUAAGCUGAGAUCAUACCAUUGUACUCUAGACUGAGAAAGAAGAAUGAAACUCUGUCUCAAAAAAAAAAAAAAAAGAAAUACAGCAUCUCUGGCAAAAGAAGUCUCCUCUAAUUACUAUCAUUUAAGCCUAACUCCUUCCCCUUCCUCCACCUUCUUCCUUAAACACACACAUGCACACACACACACACCCCAAUCCCCUCCUGAGGGUCACCUUCUGGUUUUACUAUUUCAUAUGCAUGAGUGCCCAGGAAGGAUAUACAGUGCUUUUGUGUACAUUUCUUUAAUUUGCAUCAUUGUACAUAAUGUACAUGUGCACAAUACUUUUAAAACAUAAGGCCUCAGGCACUUCCUGGACGCUGGAAGCCCAUUUCUGGACUCCUGUAUUGAAGGAAGUUGGGACUUGAACUUGCAAAUUUUCAGAGUGACAGUGGGAGGUGCAGCCUGCAGGUGGAUUCCUAGGACUGGAGUUGGGAAGGAGGUGUCUCCUGAAGCUUUCAUCCAGCCUGGGGUGGAGCAAGGCCUCUGGGGCCUCUAGGAUCCGGUGCCUAGCAUCAUUCUUUUCUGUAUCUUUCCCUUGGCUUUUAACACAUACUUCUUCAGAGCUCCUUGUCUUUGGAGAUGUAUUUUCCUGUUUCUUCAAGCUGGACUGUAAACUCCUUAAGAGUCAGAACUUUGGAUCUUGAUUUCUUCCCUUCUCCUGUUAGUGCCUUAUCUAAGAAAUAUUUUGUAACUCUUUUGUUUGGUUGUUAAAAGCAUUGUGUAGUAGACACGUUCAUUAUGGUGCUUGGUCUUUAAUUUUCCAAAACUAAACUUGAGGCAUAUGAAGAUAAACGGAGCAAGUUAAGCCAGCUAGGAAGCUGUAACGUGGGCUUGGGUUUCCAUUUGGCAUGCAUCUGUGACUGAUGUGAUCAAAGCUUUCCUGUGCCAUCAGGGGCUGGCAGACGGUGCAGGUAAGUGUAGACACACCUUUGCAUACCUGCUGACCAGGGCAUUCACGCUCAUCCAGGUAACUAGUCAGGGAAGAGAAAACUCACGUAGGGGCUUGGAUGGGCUUGGAGCUGCUCUCCUGAGUAAUAUAAAACAGGCUAGCAGGAGUCCAGAAUACACUGCAAGCUGGGGAGAACUUAUCUCACCAGGGAGGAAAAUAGAGCCCCCGUGAACCUGUUUUAUAUUCUGUUUGUACAGCAUGCACGUUUUUAAUGUGCAUUUUUAUUUUAGUUUACAGACCCUUCCCCCUGGCACAAUCAGAGAUUAUUCAGAGUCUCCCCUGCCUGCGCUCUCUCUGAUGUGUGAUGUCAGAUACUGAAUGUAUUGGAAGCCUUUGCAUGUUUUUAUUUCUCAUGGUUGGACCCAUAAGGUUGUUUCCCUGAUCAAUUGCAUGUGUAUUACAGGAACACACAUGAAACCCUGGCUCUGUUCUCAUAGGACUGGAAAGUGUUUUGACAUUUAGAGACAAAGGGACAUGGCAAAAUCUGGCACCUACAAUUUGAUUUUAUAGUUUUAAAAACAAUGCCUCAAGUGGUCGGGCAAGUUCAGGCUGACUUGCUGUGUGUUCUUCAGGGUCCAUGUGUGUCAAUAGUUCAUGACAUGAUUUUUACCAUUUGAUGGCUGGUCUUACAUAUAAUAACAUGUAUAGAGUUACAUAUAAUAUCUCUACCAUCAUCACUGAUUUUCCUAUCACAGAGAAGGGGGUAAAACGACAAAAUGAGUUACUCAAGUCACUAUUUUUUUUUUAAACACUGAAAGAUCCAAGAAGACCAAGCAGGUACAAAAUGAUCAGAGCGUUCUAACCAUUAGAAUCAUUCAAACCCACUGUUAUUUGUCUGAAAGCUCAGACUCUGGUAUAUCCUUGGAAACAUUGCAAAGAAUAGUUCCUCAGCCAAAUCAUGGGGUGUUUUUUUUUUUUUUUAACAUGUUCACAUUUCCUGUCAGUGUUAAGUGUCGAACUGCUUUGAAGGCUUGACUUAGGAGCUCCACACUUAAGCCUGAAAAUGAAUGUAAAUGCUGUAAAUGCUGGUUCUGCUUCUUUGGCGGGGAAAGGGUGCUUGGGCAUAGUGUGAAGUGAUCAUGAGUAGUGCUGGUGUUCUGGUCCCAUGUUUCGGGUGCUGCAGGCACCCAGGGUGUCAGGCCCAAACCCUUUAAAGCCACAGCUGAGAUACCAGAGCCAGCUCAGGCCUUGCCCUGUGAGGUGGGGUGUAGCCUGGGGGACCCGGUGGACUAGGAGCAGAUUAUGAGACUGGGAGGGACAGGAAAAGGAAGUGUCCAAAGGGAGAGAAGAAUGAGGGUCAUUGGGCCAGGGCCCGGGAGGGGUGCGUCAAUUGUGCUUUGAAUGCAGGGAGGGGUACAAGGUCAGAAGCUGGUUCAGGGGUGGUGAGACAGGGAAAGGGAAGGGGAAAAUGCUGUUUGCAGGACCAGGGAGGAGAUGGAAAAGCCAAUAUGAUGGGUGCAGGAAAGUAGCAAAAGGGAACAUUCUGCGUCCGUGCUGGGCUGCUGUUCCAGGCCACAGCAGGGUCAGCCCUGAGAGGUCUCUGCACACCAUGGUUGUCAGUGGCUGAUCACUGCACAUCUCAAUCCAUCCUAGUUGCUUAGUGCUCUGUGGGAAUGGAAGUUCUUGAGGACACCGAUGUCAGCAUCAGCUUACUCUAAAGAGUGCCCCUGGCACAUUGGUUGGCCCUUAAGAAAUUCUUGCCAUAAAUAGGUUUUCAAAGACUAGAUCCUGAGGCUUGGUCGUAGGUUCUCUCUGCUUCUCUGAUGGUUCAGCUGCAACAUGGAAUGACACCCAGGUGCAACACGGCAGGAGGAAUUGCAUGUAUGGUUGUUUUUAAAUUGAGUCUUUAAAAAAAAAUCACUAUAUGGCUUUGGUUUUCCAUAUGUACUACACAGUGAAGUCAGAAUAAAUACCUGGAAAGAAAAAUAAAGUCAGGGCUUGGAUUCUGAAUUGAACCCAGGGUCAUCGGGUGACUCGGAAAAGUUAGUCUCCAUUCCUCUUUGGUGUGUUUGUCGCCUGUGAGAGGAGUUUGCAGGUAGGAGCUCUGAGGUUUCUAUCAACUUUGCAAAUACCUUUGGAAUUAUGUUUAGUUGUAGUCAACAUUCAACCAGGCAGUGGGGCCCUGUGGGACCCGAGAGACCAGGGUUUGAAUCUCUGCUUUGCCACUCUCUAGCUUUGUGACCCUGGAAAGUUACCAGAUCUCUUGGACCCUCAGGUUUUCUGUCUGUAAAAUGGGAAAGAGUCUUGGUAAGCAUUGAGUGCCUGAAGCUCGUAGCUUAGCCUAGGGCAUAGCAUGGUAUGAGCACUGAGUCACCCGUGCCAGCUCUUUUUUUUUUUUUUUUUGAGAUGGAGUCUGACUCUUGUUGCCCAGUCUGGAGUGCAAUGGUGAGAUCUUGGCUCACCACAGCCUCCACAUCCUGGGUUCAAGUGAUUCUCCUGUCUCAGCCUCCCGAGUAGCUGGGAUUACAGGCGCCUGCUACCACAGCCACUUAAUUUUUUGGAUUUUUAGUAGAGUUGGGGUUUCACUAUAUUGAUCAGGCUAGUCUUGAACUCCUGACCUUGGAUGAUUCACCCACCUCGGCUUCCCAAAGUGCUGGGAUUGUAGGUGUGAGCCACCAUGCCCGGCUGCCAGCUCUUAUUAGGAGUAUUCACUGGAGUGAAACAUAAGUCACUGAGAAAUCACAUAGGUACUUCCUGGGCAAGCAUCUUCUCACACAUUGCCGCUUAUUCUCCCACUUCGCCUAUGAAGAAUAAGGCUUCCUCUUCCAUGAAACCUUCUGUGAGUUCCUGCCCUCCAACCAGAGAAAGGCCACUGAACUCUGCUGGCGUUGGAGAUUUGUGGUACUCCUCAAGAGUGGAUUUUUUCUGUCUGUGCUGUCUUUACAUGGCUCCUUUGCAGAUCCACCUCCCUCCCUAGAUUACCUGAGCUUCCUUCAUGCAGGCAAUGGACAUGUCCACCGGCUUUUCUACCACCACGCACCUCCCUGAAUGGUUCUGUCUACCAUUCACCUUCUAAAUGUUUUGUUGCAGUAAAAUCAAAGUGGUUGGGGAGAACAUCUAGGAAAGCGUUUAAUGUAAAUUGGAGGGGCCCAUUGGCACAGGUGCCGUAUUUCCCGGUGGUUGUGGCUGCCGUGUUGCUCUGAAGCCAGUGACCUGUACGGUCUUCUGCUGUGGCCACUCUUGCCCCAGAGACAUGUGGCUGUCUGCCCCCCACAGCCUAUGAGUUUGGGUGACAGACAGACACCAUAAGGCAGAGUUUAAGCCUCUCUUCCAACGUGGCAGAAUGAGAUGCUUUUUCUCUUUAUUUUCCGAGAAUCUGAGCAGGUAGAUUCCUCUUUUAGGGAUAAGUCUGGGAGCUCGAAGUAUAGAAGACCCUGAGAUAAAAGAUUUAAAAUUCAAUGUUGUUUUAAAUCAAAGCAGGUUAAAUAAGGAACCAAAUAAUUUCCAGAGUAAAUGGCAAAGAAUAGACCCUGCUGUAAGUGAAGUAACGUGCAGAUGACUUCUGGUUUUUUUUUCCUUUCCUCUUGAACUUGGGAUCCCUGCAUAUCACAGACAAGCAUCAAAGCCCAGGAUUCAAAUCUGUUACUGAAUCCAUUCCAGAAGAGUGGGGAAAAGCUACCAAUUUGUCAUCUGUUAGAAAAUUUCAUAACCUUUCUCUUUCUGAUAUUUUAUACUAUUAUUCACUCGGCUUGCAAUACUGCACCAGAUUUGCGCCUGCUCAUUUUACUAUGUGUGCACGGCUGUGGUCUUUAUUUUAUAAGUAAGGACUGUCUGAUUGAGUUGGCAAUGCCGAAGUUGCUCACCCUGCAAAGUCCUCGAGUCAGGCUUUCCGUGGUGUGCGGUGGCUAUUUUUGGGUAUGGUCAGGAGGGAGCCUGUAAAAAACCUGAAUUGUCUAAUUCCCAGGGUGGUCUUUCUCUGUGGAGGUUGUGGUCAGCAUAGCAGGCCAGUUUGAGAAAAUCUCUUUUGUCACUUCCUGUGUGAGCUUGGAUGGAGGAAAAAGGAAUCUUCAUUUCCUGAAGUUGCCAGUUUUUCUAGCUUCCCAGUAGAGCAGAAGUAGCUUGGAAAGAUUUCGAAUUUUGUUUUUCACUGGAUAUGCAAAUAUGUUUGAGGAAUGCUGGUAAUGGGCUUGUCUUGGGGUUUUAGAGUGAAGAAGAAACCACACAUCAUUUUUGACUGUAUUUAAUAAAGUGAAUGAAAAAAGCCACCAACCAGGUGAGUGAGAGCGGGCACCAUGGUGUGAUUUAGCUCUCUUUCAAUGACGGUGAUUCUUAAAGACAACAACUUCCUUGGGAAGUCUUAUUUUGAGGGUUUCACCAAAUUUUAGCUCAAUAUUUAGUUAACACAGACGAAUCAUUAUGGAACAUAAUUCUGUUUUUCCAUUUUUAUACAAUCAGUCUAACAUUUCCUUUUCAAAUACAAUACUCUUUCAGGUUUUGCUCCUGAGCUUUUUCUAACUUUCUAUUUCUAUUUCAAUAUUUUCUGCCACCCAGACAUCAACAGAUGGACAGGGACGUUUCAGUACCCCCCACUCCCGCCGCCCCACCCCCAAGUUCUCACGAGCAGCACACACAAGUGCUGAGUUCCGCCUCGCUGCCUGCUCCUUGGCACAGGCCUUUGAUUCCUGAAAUGCUCAGAGCAAACCAAGAAAAAAGAAAAGUGUUUCUCAGGUGAGCCCGUCCAAGAAGUUUUUUUCCUUAAAAGAUAAUUUCUUUUCCUGCCGCUCUUCCUCCCCACACUUUGCCAAAAAGAGUGGAGACAGACAGAACUCAGACUCUCCUGCAGGUUUUCUUCACUGUCAUUUCAUUCACCUUGGGAAUGAUGUCACCUUGGUCUGGCGGCCCCCCACCCAUGGGUGAGACUGUAGGUGAUAACUCUAUGGGCUAUACAGAGCUCGAGGGCAGCGCACGUGAAGCUGGACUCCUAUCUACCUUCUCGUCCCCAGCCUGUGCCUUGGUUCUGAUGCCUUCUCCUCAUGCUUGCCGGCGCUAAUAAUGGAAAUAGCAAAAAACGUCAGCCGACUACUGUCUGCAUGUCGGCACUAGUCCAGGGAGUUUCAAAGGGAUGUUUUAUUGAUUCUGUAAUUGCACAGUAGAAUGGACGAGCUGAACGGGACCUCAGGGCCAGGAAAGCCCCUGCUUCAGCAGUGGCUCCUGGUCGAGCCAGGGCUUGGGGAGAGCUCACCAGCAGUUGCAGCCCAAGGUGAAGUGUGUGCUUAACCCUUUCUCUACAGUGUUCCCCUUCAAGUUUCUUUUGUGUGUACCCGUGUCCAGGCCAAGUCUCUGAUUGUAGAGAUCACAAAUGUCUGAUGUUCUUUGAAUCUCAUGACUUGCUUAAUUAUUAUUGUUUUAUGACUCUGCUUCUUGAAGGGCUCCUUUCAAACCUUGGGCAUGAAAGACAUUUCAUAGGGAACCCUCUUUAGAACAAUGAGCUCUCAAUAGGGACCUCUCAUGACAUUAAAAACCAGAAAGCAGGCCUCUGAACAAGCUUGUUAAGAUACAGUAGCCCAUUCUCUGCUAAUAAGCUGAUUGCUUUCCAAACCCGAAGGGGUGGACCAAGCUGUUUUGCCAAAACAAUUGAAAAUUAGCUCUGUCAACUUUUACUGCUGCCAUAUUUUGCACUGGCAUGCGUAUCUGUACUGUUCCACUAAUUUGGUUAGAGCAGGAAACAUUUGGAACAAGGGCUUUUUUAAAACCAAAAAGGGAUGGCAGAGGACUCAACUGUGUCGCAUUUGGAGGUUAGGCGGGCAGGAGACACAGCAUUCAGAACUGCUUCGUAAUAUCUUCCUGAUCGUCAUGGUCCUGUCGGGCAAAAUGAUGCCCAGUCCUUUCUCACUGAAUUCCUUGUUCUGAGAGGAUAUGAGGGCUUUGAAUGUACAUAAGACAGAAUCAUCAUCCUACAGGAGGAAAGGGGCUCUUCCCUUCCCACGUAGUAUUUAUCUUGAUUAAAAACUAUGAUAGCAGUGCCUGAAGAUGGGACUUGUUUGUGACUUAUUUUACCCUCCUCACUCCCAAUUCCACUCUUUACCUCCAUAUAGAGGACUCUGAGCCCUAUUUUGAGCUGAUCUUUUUCUUGGAAUUCGUUUUCAGGCUCCUGGAAGAUAUUUUCACAAAAAAUCCCCCUGACCUUCAUUCAGAUCUCCACAGACGCAUUUCUGAGAUGGGAUUUGCCAUCUUUUCUCGUGUGCCUGCUCAUCCUCCUGGGUUGCCUGCAUUUGCUCAUUUCAUCCUCAUCUGUCCAGUCAUUCAUGCCUCUUUAUUGUUCUUGACCCCUCACCCCUCAUGUUCCCUUAGUUCCGGAAUUCUCUGGCUUCUGUCCAUCCCCUUGUAUCAUUCUCCUUGCUGGACAUCUCUCAUUCUGGUCUUUGGUAUGUUCUGUGCAUAUAAUUGUGAUAGCCUGAGGCUGACAACUCUGUCUUUAUAUGUCCCUCCUGAAAGAACCCAAAUCAUGUCACAUGUGUUUGCUCAGAAACUUCAGUGGCUCCUUUUAUUCACAAGAGAGCCCAGGCUCCCUGGCCCAGCAUUCUGGGCCUUCUGUGAUCUCCCUGCAAACUCCAUCUGCGGGGUGGUCUCCAGUUCUAGAUUACUCAAGCAUCACUGACACCCUCCUCGCAUGUGUCCCCACUCCUUUUGCUCUGUGUGAAAUGCUUUCUCUUCCUUCCCCAUUUUGCAUCCAUUUAUUCAUUCAUGUAUUCUGUAGUCAUGGAUUGAGUACUGUGUUUGUGCCAGACCCUGGACUAUAUAUUAGAUGUAUGGUGGUGGUCCAAACAGCUGCGAUUCCUGCCUUUGUGAUCUGUUAAGGGAAGAAUCAAAUGAUAAAUAAACCAAGAGACAUAUAAGCAUAAAUUGGGAUGAUUGUAUGAAAAACAUGCAUCUGAUGUUUUAAGAGACUGCAAGAAGGAGACCUAUUUUAGAAGGACUUCCCAGAAGGUAAUUUGUAAGUAAAGUGUUGGAAGAUGAGAGGAAAAGCAUAGGGCAUAGAAUUGAGAAAGAGCCUUUUAGGCAGAGGAGACCUUGAGGUGGAAUGAGCGUGUGUUGAAGGGAUCAGAAAAUUCUAGCACUUUCCCUGUUUAGUUCCAUUUUUCCUUCACAUAUCCACAAUCUCUCUCCUCUUAUCAGAAACCGUAUUUACUUGGCUCAGCUGGAUUCAUCUCUCCUUACUCUGUGCAUCCAUUCCACUUGGUCCUCUCAUGAAACACUUCUCCUUUUUACCUCAUACUAAAUUUUUUGAAUGAGUCUCCUCUGAAUUCUUUGAGGUCAGUGACUAUACACCAUACAUUUCCAUGUUCGUUCCUGAUGUCUUCUUGAGGAGAGACUCCCAUCUAAAAAGAGUUUACAGGUCAUUUGGUGAUUUACUGGGGCUGCAUAUGUAUUUAGGAAAAUAACUUACCAUUAGCCAGGAGUUGAGCUUACAGUGUUAUUUCCCUUCCCUGACCCCCUUGCCUUAUUCUUUCAGUGUUCCUAGGAUCUUUUCAAUCCUCAGACCUACCGGCAUUUCCAGAGGAGUGCCUUGUUUUCUAGCUCUUAGGUCAAGAGGUACUACUGUCAGUUCAUAUUCUCUUUCCACAUCCCAUAGGAUCAGACCUGGCAUGAUCAGAGGCUCAUGCUUUGAGCUGAUGCUAGGGUAUUUUCAGUCCUGGGCAGAGACCUGGAUGAGCCAGCAUGUUGGUCAAACCCAGCUGGCCUACAGGCUGUGUUCUUAAACAGGCUACACUAUUGAUUGAUGUGGUUCAGCUAUGCGUGGAUGAGUGUACAUGGUUGGGAUCCUGGAAAUUUGCAAGAGUUUGAAUAAGCUCUAUUUAAUAGCCCUUCAUGUUGGAUGAAUGUUGUGGUAGAGAAAAAAAUGAGGGCAAAUGUUGUGAUAUUCAUAGAUACUCAUAAAGCUCAUGUUUUUUGUUUUUUUUUUUUUUUCAGUUUUUUUUUUAUUGCCUUGACCAAAUGAAAUCUUACUCGGGCCCCCCCCCCCACCUUUAAAAUAAACAAAAGUUGAGUUCUUAUGGUUGAGUAAGGGCAUGAGUUCAAAGCUUUUCCUUCUUGUUUUUUUCCUUCAGUGGAUACUUAUUAAGCAUUUAUUUUGCCAGGGACUCUGCUGGGUGCUGAGGAGACAGUUAUACCUCAGGAAGUUGAGGGACUUCCAACUCCGAGAAGUUGGUCUCCCCUCCCCACCCUCCACGCCACAGUGGCCCUUUGGAAUGGGUUUUGGAAACCAUAGUCUGUAUUAAGAACAGUAAAAUGGCUGGGUGUGGUGGCUUACGCUUGUGAUCCUAGCACUUUGGGAGGCCUAGGUGGGUGAAUUACUUGAGGUCAGGAGUUAGAGACCAGCUGGGCCAACAUGGUGAAACACCAUCUUUACUAAAAAUACCAAAAAAAAAAAAAAAAACCCAUUAGCUGGGCAUGGUGGUGCAUGCCUCUGUAAUCCCAGC